AUGGCCUCACCGAGCAAAUAUUGGGAGCCAUAUAAUUUCAGUGCCGAAGUAUUGAGGGAACAGAGGCGUCAAGACAAAUCAUUAAACAAUCGUUGUAGUUAUGAUGAUACCGUGGAAUUUGUAUGGAUGUACUAUGACAUUGCUAAGAAUCCUGGACAAGAGAGAAUAAAAUUUGGUCCAUCAAACCAAAAUGAUUUUGGGCCUGAAGAAUUGGAGGCACUGAAGCGUCAACUCAAAUGUAUAAACAAGCGUUGUAGUGCAGGUGGUACCCUGUACACUGCGAUGGACAAGGUUUGCACUUUCUAUGAAGUUGAUUACGAACCUGGGAAACAGGUUUGCUUGCCAUGUUUGAAAAAAUAUCUCAAUCAAUAUAAAUAUCCCGAAACGGAAGAGAAGAAGAAAAACCCAGAAGGAAACCUCUAA